AUGAACGUCUACACAACAACAGGUUACGGAUCAAUCGCACCUGAGACUCGUGCUGGCCAGUGGUUCGUUAUCAUCUAUGGUUUCAUUUUCGUACCGGUGACAUUGGUAGUGGUUCGUGACCUCGGCCAGUGGUUACUCUUGGUCAUUACAAGAUUCUACGCCAGGAUGUUGUUGAAAUACAGGCGCUGGCGUGGAAGAAAAUCCGAGAACACCAACGAAGUGAUCCGAUUACCAAUAUUCAUCAGUUGUCUGAUUAUGAUAGGUUUCAUUGGCCUUUGUACGGUGUUCAUCUACUAUUUGGACGCAUUCUCUGGCCCACCUGGUACCGGUCUUGACUGGUUCCACUCGCUCUACUUCUCUUAUAUGUCGUUUACAACCAUUGGUCUUGGUGAUGUCAUGCCUAAUAAUGCCACGUUCGCUCCAAUCGUCUCAAUUCUGUUUUUCCUCGGACUUCCGAUUAUGAAGGUCGUCAACAGGAUGACCUACCUAACGGUGGAAAAUGGAGCUUUCGGACUUCUGACUGUUAUGGAAAACAGAAUCGACAACUACUGGGAGAAGAAACAGCCAUCAGCGAACGGAGUGGAAGCUGGAGCAAAUGAGGAAGUCACGAGAACGAAGGACGACAACGAAGAGAUACCUGCUGAAUGGGUGAACAACAUCUCGAUCCAUUCGAUCGCCACUUUCAUGAAGGCGAAUCGCGAUGUCUACGGUGGAAGCUUUGGGAAAGUGAAUCUCCGAGCCGCCGAUGUCCUGCCAUCGAAUGAACAAGACACUGUCCGCUCCAGAAGAUCGAAUCGUUGA